GCUUUCUGCUUUGCUGCUGCCUCUCCUCGUUUCCUUUGCUUAUCUCUCCCCCGGGAUCUUGUCGAAUGUCGUGAACGAAUCCUCUUUGUUUUAAUACCCUCUUUUCUUUUCUUUUCUUUUCUUUUUCUUUACCUCAGUUUGCCCCCCCCUUACACACGCUACCCUCCCCCCAAUCCAGCCAGCCGGCCGAGUUCACCAAAAGUUUGCUCCUACAACCCCUUCAGGAAGAAGCACAGCAGCACAUUCACCCACAGGAAAUUUAUUGGGGGAAGAAAUAGACGCGCAGCACCAUGAAUCAUCCUCCAUCAACAGAACCUCCAUUGGCCGACUACUUUUGGAUAGCAGGUAUAGACUCCAUCUCGUAUGGAGAACACCUAGCCCAAGACUCGAAGCCUACUAGACGGAGCUUCGCAGAGCAGUUGCUGGAAGCCAUAGAGGCUGAAGAGGAGGUUCAGGAAACCCUUCUACAGGCACCCGCUACUGUGUCGAGGAAUGGGGGUAGGUCGCCCACGACAUCAAACGGUCUUCCGUCACCACCGGAGGAGGAGGAGCCCCAGAUAUCUCCCACCACACCGGCUCCACAAGCUCAGGGGGGAAGCAAUGAUGUAGAAGGCAACGAGGGAGGAGGAGGGUUUUCGUCUAGAGCUGCAACUCCAAGCAAUUUGAUGAGAAACGGGUCCAAUUCGAGUAAUUCGACAAUCACUAAUACCAACGCUGGGAGUCAGGAACGUGUGGCUACAUUUAAGGGGAUGACGGAUCAGGACUUUGAUAAUGCGCUCUUAAAAUUUGCUGCGGAGAGGGAUAGCUUUUUGGACGAAUUGUCAUUUAGUGCGGGUACUGUUGUGCCAAAUAAACCAGUCAUACACCCCCGAGCACAGAGGGUAGUGAGCGAGGAUAUAAGCUUGCAAAAAACGGGAUCGCUGAGAAGGAGGAUUUCUUUGAGGGACUUGACAUCAAUGCGGAGAGCUCCGUCGGCGGUCAAUAGAGCUUCAUCGAUAAGGACGGCACGGAGAAUGUCCAAUUAUAAUUCGGUUAUCCCUACGCCACAGCCUCUUAAUUCUUCACCCAACAUGCACCCAUUGAAGCGAAAAUUUGAACCAGUGCUUUUGGAUCGGUACCCACCUAAACAUCUGACCGAAGAAGCUAAGAGGAGAGGGCCAUUCCCGGAUUAUGUUCCAAUGUUUGCGUUUCCAAAUGAUGUUAACAUAGUUUCUGCAGACGAGAGGCCAAGGUCUACCUGGCAUGGAUUUACUAUGACUGGGGCUGAUAACGCUCGCCUCCACGGUAUAUGUCUACUAGUUUGGGCGAGAGGUAACUGGCGGCAGAGAGAACUAAGCUUUCCAAAUUAUUGGCAAAAUUGCCUUCGAGAGGAAUUGGAUGAGGAGAUCAUUGCCACGGAAGAGAAGAUUGGUCUUAUGGCCGAUCUAUUGCGGCCUGUUCGUCAUGGUGCAGCCUCAAAAAUUGAAGGAUUGACUGAUGGAGAGACUGGGCUCUGGAUUCCACGCGCUUACGGAAUCUUGGGCAAGGAUGCGUCCCUCGUGAAUUUUUGGAAAGAAUGGUUAAAGGUUGUGAUUGUUCCCAUGACGAGUGGUGCGAUCCAGAGAGUGCCUUUGUCAUCACCACGGGUUGGAAUUUGGCAACCGCUGGAACGAUACGUUGUGAACCUAUGCUCCGAAUCUCCUGCGCCAGAUAUUUCCAGGACACAGGUAGAAGUGGCCGUGCGGGAGUUGCGGAUGUACGCCAGAAAGGAAGCGGCAAAUGAAUUGCCUGGAUCCCGUAAUACGGAUCUAUAUGCCUUGUUUAGGUCAUUGUCACUCCCAAAUGUUGUAACAAUGUUUGAAUUUGCCCUGGCUGAAUCGCGGAUAAUUUUACUGUCAUCUCAUACAUCGAUGCUGCAUAUUGUAUCACGGGCGUUAAUCAAUCUAAUGUACCCAUUACAGUGGCUUGGGAUAUACAUUCCAGUCCUCCCAGCGCGUUUAUUGUCGGCACUAGAGGCACCCUGCCCCUAUAUCGUGGGUAUUGAGCGGAGAUAUGAAAAACUUGAGCUCCCUGAGGAGGAUUUCGUUUGCGUCGAUCUUGAUUCGGAUGUUAUCAUUUCCUCGACCCCACCAGUUCUGCUCCCUAGGCAGCAGAGAAGGAAGCUCCUUUCCUUGCUGCAGCUUGCCGCUCCACACCAUAAUCGCUAUGGUGUCCCAGUUGGUCCUCCCCAGUAUGCCAUUGAGACGUUCCCUCAUAAUAUGCUCAUGUCCGAGAAUGCGGGGGUCUACACGCCCAAUCCUUACCCAAGUACCCUUGCGAAGCUGGUGAAUUUGAAUUCGACAUCGUUCGGAGAUGCGGCCGUAUCAGACUUUGCGCCGAGACCCUUGAUUUUUAAUGCGUUCUUGCAAUCUAGGGCGGAAAAUUCCACUCGGACAGAUAGGCCGGGCACAAGUGGAACUAUGAGAGGAACCUCACCACCUUCACCCCAUUCGCCAAAGUCGGCAGUUCACCUACCCCAGACCUGCAAUAGUGCUGGCAGAACAGAUACUGGGUUCACACUGACUGCAACCCUUCGUGGGAAGAGAUCUGGAAACUUUGAUGCCGCCUCUCGGCGUAGCUCCUCCUUCGGAUUUGAACGUACGCCCACACUCCGCAGGCCUAGUCUACCAUUCGCCCACCACUCCCCUUCACCCUCGACAUCUUCGUUGGGAACUGGAGAUAGCCAGUCAAUUUUCAACGCAUACCCACCUUCGGUGUUUGCACCCUCUACCCUUGCUGCAUCAACGAUCAUGCCAAGUAUGUUGAUGCAGCCUGUGAGGAACACUGAUACUAUUAAAUGGGUUGAGGGUCAUUGUUUACAGUGGAAGCCUACCGACAUUGAUUCGGUGUGCUCGAUAUGCGAUGAGAAAUCAGACGAAGGGAUCUAUAGAUGCUCAAGCUGCCGAGUGAGUGCACAUGCUCGUUGUUCUUCUCAAAUUGGUCUACCGUGUCCUGUGGCCUUCCAUUCCGAUCAGAUCCGAGCAGCAUUCGUUAGAUGUUUUGCCAGCUUGUUCUAUACCUACAGGAAAUUCCUUGGUCCCGCAACUGGUGACGGGAAGAAGGCCGGUAAUAUCUAUAGGUUUAACAUGGAAGGGUUCUUGAAGAGCAUGCCGCAGGAGAACUCGGUGUUCAUUCAGAUGCUUGAGCAAACCCAAGCCUUCAGCGAGUUUAUUCAUGAUCGGGAGUCGAAAAAGGCAUCAGAUCCUACAAUUAAGCUAUUUGAUGAGGUUAUAUUAUCGAAGAAGAAUCGCGGGAAGUCUGGAUUCUUUUCAAAGUCUAGUAUCAAUUAUCUACAGGAUACUUCGGAACAUAUAUGGCAAACCACCGGAGCUAUUUCUACAGGAUCCAGUUCUAGGCAUCGCUCAGAAACUACGGUCGCGACUAACAGAAUGCCCUCAAAACUUGAUCCUACUUUGAUGAAGGAGCCUCCAAAGCAGCCGAGACAAGUGCCUGUGGUGGUUCACGGGACCGGAAGGAGGAAGGGUAGUAGGACGACCCCAAUCUUGCAAAUAAAUGGGAAGUGAGACUGAAAAUAUACUUAUGGCGUUACAUCAUAUUUUUUCGUCCCCUUUCUUCGCUGUCAUAUUUGUCUUAUUGUAUCUUUUCUGUAUCAGUUUGCUUUUUGGAACCGGGUGUUUGGUGUGGUUGAAAGUUUCUUUUGCUUCCCUUUUUAAUCUCUCUGUAGCUUAUUUUGCUUCAGUUGCGCGUUUUAUGUAACCGGUCUGUUGCUUUGCUUUGCUUUAUUUUAUUUUAUUUUAUUUUUAUUUUUUCGUGUUUCCGAGCGAGCCUUUAUCUCUCGGAGCAGCGAAGGUAAUAAGUUUCCAAUUCUUUUUUUUAUUUUUUAUUUUUUAUUUUUGUUUAUGGGGAAGGUGAUUUUUAGGUAUCAUAUUGUAAGAUUUGUCCGUGCAUAUUCUGGCCGCUAGUUUGUGAGAAAUCUAGUUCCAUGGGGCCGGCAUAGAAAAGGAAAGAAGUUUGAUGGUUUGAACUUGAG